AUGUCUGAAGGAGGUUGGAACACAAUUGAUUCCGAUGCAGGAGUCUUUACUGAAUUGGUAGAAAAACUCGGAGUUCAAGAUGUAGAAUUCAACGAUCUUUAUGUGAUUGACACCGACUCCCUUGCUACACUACAACCAGUACAUGGAGUCAUAUUCCUUUUCAAAUACGGAAAACUUUAUAGACAAUAUGCCAGUGAUGGGAAUAAACCCUUGGAUGGAACUUAUGAUAAUGAUUAUUUAGAGCAUGAUAUCUUCUUUGCUCAACAGACCAUCAACAAUGCCUGUGCCACCCAGGCCGCAUUGAAUGUGCUCUUUAAUGUGGAUGGAAUAGACUUGGGUGAAGAAUUAUCCAAUUUCAGAUCGUUUGUUACGGGAUUUGACAGUUUUAUGAUUGGUGAGACUAUUUCCAAUAGUGAUUUGAUCAGAUCGGUACAUAAUUCCUUUUCUACACCAAGUAUGUUUGUCGAUGAGGAUAAACCGCAGCCACCAUCAGAUUAUGAAAGUGAUUCGUUGUUUCAUUUUGUUGGGUACGUUUACAAACUGGGACGUAUAUAUGAAUUGGACGGAUUAAAAUCGUAUCCGAUAAUCCAUGAAGAGUGUAGUUCCCAGCAAGAAUUUAUUGAGAAAUUGCCAGGUGUAAUUCAAAGAAGAAUUGCCAAGCAUGGAGAAAACGAGUUAAGGUUUUCUUUAUUGGCUGUGACCAAUAACAAGUUGGAGCAAGCAAGAACAAUAGGUGAUGAAUCUGAAGUUCAUCAUCAAUUGCACAAACGAGAAGUCUGGUCACACGAGAAUGAAUUGAGAAAACACGAUUACACUGGACUCAUCGUAGAGUUGUUAAAGAAUAUAAGCAAGAACAAGACAGAUGAAGAAUGGGAAGAAUUGUUGAAAAAGGGAAGAAAACAUACUCAACAAUUAAUCCAACAACGAAUUGCAAAAUCACAAUUAUAG